AUGUCUACACCACCACAAACACACUUUGAUCAGAAUCAACUUCCCGCGGAACUCAAGAAUGUCACAAUGAGAAAAUCCGUCACGUCGUCCAUCACGUCGACAUCCACCUAUGAGAGCACCCAAGACGAAUCUUCUCUUGUCAACACCACGGAACUCUACAAGAUUCCUCUCUUUCGCAUCAACCCCUCCUUUGGAAUUGUCAAUGUCGCCAACAAAGAUAUCAAGUUACAACCCAUGACCAUCAAAGAACGCCGUGAUGUGGGAGCCAAUGUCAAUAUUGUGUUUGCCGUGCGCACCCCGGGAUGUGGUGGAUGCCGAGAACACGCGGUGCAACUCGCCGAACUGGCCAAGACGGACAAGAAGAUCAGUGUCGUGGCGGCCGUCAAAGAAACGGGAGUGGACGAUGAAGCCUUGAUGGAGUUUUACGAAGAUUACUUUCAUCAUCCAAUCUACAAAGAUGCCGAAUGGAAGAUCUUUCGUGCCAUGGGAGGCAAAAAGGUGUCGCCCUUUACCAUUCUCAAGCGAGGAGCCAGUCUGUUUCGAAGAACCAAAACUAAGGGUAUUGAAUCCAAAGUCACUUCGGGAGUUGACUUUUGGACCAAGGGUGGUGUCUUGAUCUUCAACCGCAAGGGCGAACUCAAGUACACGCAAUAUGAACGAUUUGGCAAAGAGUUUGACAUGGAGGCCAUUCGAGAUGCCAUUCAGGACAUUCGAGCAGAACAAAAACACACUGGUCAUAGCCAGCACAUGUAG